AUGCGAAACCUUCUGAUCGGCGCCGGCCUGUUCGGCAUCCUGGCCCUGUCCUCCUACUUCGCGGUGGUCACCUGGAUCGACCUGGGCGAGGUCUCGCUCGGCUGGUUCGGCUGGCUGAUGCUGGGGCUCGGCUCGCUCCUGACCGUCGCCCUGGGCGGCGGCCUGAUGGCGCUGGUGUUCUACUCCGCCCGGCGCGGCCACGACGACGCGCAUCACGACCAGAGCGUCUUCCGUGCGCCGAGUCGCGCGGAGGAGCCCGCCCCGGACGACAAACCGGACGACGAAGACGAGGCCGGCGGACGCGUCAUGGCCGGCGCCCGCCACGGCGGCGCCGAGACCUUCUUCGUGACCCUGACCCUGGCGCUGCAGCGGGCCGGAGUGGUGCAGGAGGCGGCGAUUCGCCCCCACCCCGAGCGGCUGGGCGCGCUGCGCGCCGCCGGCGUGCCGAUCACGCCGCUGCGGCUGGGCGGCCCGCUGGACCUGGUCUCGCCCUGGCGGUUGCGGCGGGUCGCCGCGCGCUUCCGGCCCGACCUCUGCCUGACCUGGAUGGAGCGGGCCAGCGCGCGCAUGCCGCGCGGCCCCUACCUCACCGUCGGGCGAAUCGGCGGCUACUACAAGCCCCGGUACUUCCGGACCUGCGACCACCUGGCCUGCAUCACCCCGAAGCUGGUCGAGCGCAUGGUCGGAUUCGGCUGGCCGGUCGAGCGGGUGCACUUCCUGCCCAACUUCACCGAGGUGCAGGCGCAGCCGCCGGUCUCCCGCGCCGCGCUCGACACCCCGGCGCAGGCCCCGGUGCUGCUCAGCCUGGCGCGGCUGCACCCGAACAAGGGGCUGGACCUGCUGCUGCGCGCGCUGGAGGCGCUGCCCGGCGUCUACCUCUGGCUGGCCGGCGAAGGGCCGCAGCGCGCCGAGCUGGAGGCCCAAGCCGCCGCCGCCGGCCUGACCGAGCGGGUGCGCUUCCUCGGCUGGCGGGACGAUCGCAGCGCCCUGCUCGGCGCCAGCGACCUGGUCGUCUUCCCCUCGCGGCAGGAGGGCUUCGGCACGGUGAUUCUCGAGGCCUGGGCCCACGGCAAGCCGCUGGUCGCCGCCGCCGCCGACGGGCCGGCCGGCUUCAUCCGGCCGGAGGAGGACGGGCUGCUUGUGCCGGUCGGCUCGGUCGAGGCUCUGCGCGCGGCGCUGGCCCGCGUGCUCGCGGACCCCGCCCUGGGCCACCGUCUGGCCGCGGCCGGGCGGACGCGCUACCUGCGCGAGUUCACCGAGGCCGCCGGGGUCGCACGCACCCUCUCGCUGUUCCGCGACCUGCUGCAAGCGCCGCAUGAUCGCCGCCGCCAAGCAAGAAGAACCCACCGGGGGGACGUUGACGUGGACAUCAUCGUGUUUCUGGAGUCGGGCGGCACGCUGCUGCUUGCCGGCCUCAUCGUCGCCUUCGCCGUCGCCCGCAAGAAGGCGGGCGGCGCGAACUGGCCGCGCUCGCUGGUGGUCGCCAACGCCCUGGUCAUCUCCGUGGUCGGCCUGAGCGCCCUCGGCCUCGUGCUGCUGAUCA